CAAACUGCCCUCCCUCUUCUAGAGACCAAAAUAACCCAUGGUUAAUCUGUAAUUACCAGCGUUGGAGAGCUCAAUUACCACUGCUCAAAAGAGAAAGAUCCAUUAACAAACGGAUAAGAGAGUCACAGAUGAAUGGAUAACUGGGAUUGACAGAUUAGACAACAGCAAACAAAAUCCACAGCUUAUAGGUUCCUCUUUCUGCCAAGAAAGCCACAUAAACCUCUCCUAUUUCCAGCCAGAGCCUCCAAAAUUCCAAGAGAACUUGGCGACCGAAGCUGCAGGAAGAUGGUUCCAUCCCCAUGAAGUCAGAGAUGAAAGAAAAGGAGGAAGAGAUCAGUCUCUGCCAAGCAUUGGAGCUCUUUGAUUCUGUAAUCUCCUCUUCAUACUCCAUUCAAUUCUUCCCUAACAAAUGGCAGCUGAUCCGGGACAAGCUCGAGCAGCUGCGCUGUGGCCUAACCGCUGUGGCCGAUGGCAAUGAUUUCAACAUCAAUUCAGAGCUCAGCAUACUGUUGCAAGCUGCAGCACGGACCGCAAACGAGGCCCGAGUGCUUGCACACCGAAGCAGCGAUGAGUCCUAUAAUGGCGGGAAGCUCCUCCUAAGAAGUGAUCUUGAUGUCGUCACUGCCAAGCUCGAGCUCCACAUCAAGCAGCUCACUGAAGUAUAUGCUUCUGGUAUUGUGAGGCACUCCCAAGCCAUUAUCCUGUCGAGGCCCAGUGCUGGCUCAAGCCGUGAGGACAUGAGGUUCUACGUGAAGGAUCUGUUCUCAAGACUAAAGAUUGGGGACUUGGAGAUGAGAACUAGAGCCUUAGCUGCUCUGAAUGACAUCCUUCAGGAGGAUGAGAAAUAUGUAAGGAUUGUGGUAGCUGAAAUGGCUGAUGGUGUUAGUCUCCUGGUGAGGCUUCUUGAAGCUGGGGAUAUGGGCAUUGCAGAGGAGGCACUGCUCGCAGUUUCAGCGAUUGCGGGGUUCGACGCCUUCCGUGGAGCUCUUGUAACAGCUGAUGCUGUCGUACCUCUAAUUCAAAUUCUGGAAACAGGAAGUGAAUUGGGGAAGGAGAGAGCAGCUCAAGCUCUGAAGAAACUGACAGAGAAUUCGGACAACGCAUGGUCGGUCGCAGCGCAAGGAGGUGUUACCACACUGCUCAAGAUCUGCGGCGAUGUCGAUAGCAGCGGAGAAUUGAUUCGCUCAGCUUGUGGCAUAUUGAAGAGCCUCAGCAGUGUCGAUGAGAUCAAGAGGUUCAUGUUGGAAGAAGGGGCAGUCCCUAUUUUUAUGAGGCUCUCAAGAUCGAAGGAGGAGGUGUCCCAAAUCCAAGCCAUAGAAUUCUUAGCUGCCAUUGCUUGUGGGGAUGACGCCAUCAAAGAGGUGGUGGUAAAAGCAGGGGUGGUUGAGUCACUUAUUAAGGUUUUGGACCCAAAUUCUCAUUAUUCUUCAAAGGCAAGAGAGGCUGCUCUCAGGGCUAGUGAUGCAUGCUGCUUCUCAUCUUCAACUUCCAUGAAUUUGUUGAUGGCCUCUGGAUUUCUCCAUCGAGUUCUCUUCUUUUUGAGAAAUGGUGAGAUCUCCGUCCAGGAAUCAGCACUCAAGGUUGCGUCUCGUCUCUGUGGGCUGUCUGAAGAGGCUAAGAAGGCUAUGGGUGACGCCGGGUUUAUCCCAGAGCUUGCGAAGCUACUUGAUGCUAGAUCUUUCGAGGUCCGAGAGUUGGCGGCUGAGGCAAUCUGCGGCAUGGUCUCAAUUCAGAGAAACCGAAGAAAAUUCAUUCAAGAUGACCAAAAUGUGAACCGGAUUCUCCAGCUGCUCAAUCUCGAAGAGAAGACGGUGACAAAGAAGUUCUUGCUCCCUGCUCUCAUGUCCUUAGUGGAGAGCAGCAGCGGGCGGAAAAAGAUCAUGGCUUCAGAGUAUGUGAAGCAUCUGGAGAAGCUUGCAGAGGCUGAUGUUACAGUUGCAAAGAAGAUCGUGAAGAAGCUUUCCAGUAACAGAUUUCUGAGUACACUGACCGGAAUUUGGAGCUCGUGAGCAAUAUUGGUGCAGGCAGGCUGCUUCUUUAGUGAAAAGAUACAUCUCUAAUUCUGUAACCAUGGGUGUAACAAUCUCUGGCUAUCAGUCAGUCAGCAAUUGUUAGCUCAGUCGGUCGGAACAACCGGUUUUGGAGGGCGUCUAGGGUUCAAAUCCUGGCUGUUCCUCGAGCAAAAUGUUCUGAAUCUUUUCCUGCAGCAACCAUAUAGCUUGGAAGUACUAAGGAGUUUUCUACACUCCGCUGAAAACAUGUAAUUUUAUAUCUCAAUAAUAUGCAACCAAAAAGAGCAACGGAGUCCAAAUAGAGAGGCAGAAGAAAUUCCAAGCCUGUUGCCAAAACAGAUGGACAGCAAAACAGAUCCAUGACUGAUUAAACAGAAGAGAGCAGAAUCCGUCAUCGAAAAGAGCACAAGGGUUCAAGGAGAGUUUGUUCCAUCUCAGGUGUAUAGGGAGGCACCAGAAGACCAAUAACUCGCUUUUCACCUUUGCCUCUUUUCAUUUCUCUAGCAAACAUAUUCAGCUGCUCUGGUUCUGAAAACGAGUCAUGCAUGUUUAUUUAGGAAAAUAUUCCAAUUGUUCUGUGCAAUUACAUAUCACAUAAUAAAAAUGGUGUUUUAAAUUAUUAAAUACUAUAGUUUUGGUUGUGGUAGUAGGAAGGAAGGAAAAAUUUGCAAAUGCUAAAGGUUAGGGAAGCUGCCACAUUCAAUCACUUAUUCAUGGAAAGUGGAUCAUAUCGGCGGAAGGAAGAGAAGGAAUCAGAAAUUUGUUUGUUCACUUCUAAAUCAACUCUACGUUUCUUUUGUCGACGAUGGAAUCGGCAUUUCUUACUGUGUGCUAUGAUGAUCCAUUAGUUCAUUUUCUGAUCUUAAUGCAGCCCUAUUAUACAUGUGAUGUUCUAUACA